UAAAUGUAAAUUGUUACGAUACUACAAAUGCUCAAAGCAAUAAGGUAGGCAUUUGCAAGAGCAAAGAGUAUACCCCUCAAGAAAAAAAAAAUGGAGGCUAAUAAGAGUAGGAUUCUUGUAUUUGGUGGAACUGGUUACAUAGGAAAGUAUAUGGUGAAGGCAAGCAUAUCUUUAGGUUAUCCAACUUUGGUGUAUACUCGACCUAUUAAUUCACAAACACCUACCUCCAAGAUACAACUUUGCAAGGAAUUCAGUUCCAUAGGAGUAACACUUGUGGAGGGAGAACUUGAGCAUAAUCAAAUUGUGGCAGUUAUUAAACAAGCAGACAUUGUGAUAUGUACUUUUGCUUAUCCUCAAGUGAUGGAGCAACUCAAAAUUAUUGAAGCUGUCAAAGUUGCUGGUAAUAUUAAGAGAUUUCUUCCAUCGGAUUUUGGUGUGGAAGAAGAUAGAGUAAAACCUCUUCCUCCAUUCCAAGGUUUCCUUGAUAAGAAAAGAAAAAUUAGAAGGGAAAUUGAAGCAUCUGGGAUUCCUUAUACUUUUGUCUCUGCAAAUUGUUUUGGGGCAUAUUUUGUGAAUUUCUUGCUUCAUCCGUAUGAGAACAAGAAGGAUAUUAUGGUCUAUGGCACCGGUGAAACUAAAGCGGUACUAAAUUAUGAAGAGGAUGUUGCUAUGUACACAAUAAAAGUGGCAAAUGAUCCAAGAGCACACAAUCGCAUUGUUGUGUAUCGACCUUUGAAGAAUUUUAUAACACAAAAUGAGUUGAUAUCACUAUGGGAGCUUAAAAAUGGUCAAAUCCUUAACAAAGUUUUUGCUCCAGAAGAAGAUAUUGUCAAGCUAUCACAAAUUUUACCCCCUCCACACAAUAUACCAGUUUCCAUUCUUCAUAGUGUAUUUGUUCAAGGGGACCUUGUGAACUUUGAGCUAGAGGAAGAUGACCUUGAAGCUUCACAACUAUAUCCUAAUUAUAAUUACAUGUCCAUUGAUCAACUUCUUGAUAAAUUUUUGGUUGAUCCUCCACCCCCUGCAUCUGCUUCCUUUGAAUGAAUUUGUUUUACAAUAUUAUUGUGCUGGAUGAUGGUAACAUAAAGCAUGAAGGUACUCUAGUAUUAGUACUAUUCAAUAAUAAUUUGAGAACGUGUAAACUGUAUUGCCUUUGAUAAGAAUAAUUAUUGUCUACAUA